UGAUUCAAUGGUCGAGUGCUUCGGAAUUACUCGUGAUCCUGAAACUAGUUGUUAUAUGUUUGUUAUUAGACUUUGUAAUGAAAACCUCUAUCAAUUCCUCAAACGAACUAGGGGACGACUUGAUUGGAGAAAUAGAAUUGAUAUGCUUUAUGAAAUUGUUAAUGGUCUUAAACAAAUCCAUGAUUAUGGGUUUUAUCAUGGAAACUUACAUGGAGGAAAUUUGUUAACUGAAAUGACAACUAAUGGCAUUAACAUAAGAAUUUCUGACACCGGAUUGCAUGGUCCACCUGAUAGAAAUUCUUCAACAGUUUAUGGUGUUUUACCAUUUAUUGCUCCUGAGGUUUUGAAAGGAGAUAAAUAUACACAGGCUUCAGAUGUUUACAGUUUUGGAAUUAUUAUGUGGGUAAUGUCCAGUUGCAUACCUCCUUUUAAUCAAAUCUCUCAUGAUCAUGACCUUGCGGCACUCAUAUGCGAUGGUUUAAGGCCAAAAAUUAAUGAAAACAUUCCAGACAUUUAUUCGACUUUAAUGACAAGAUGCUGGCAUCAAGAUCCGAAACAAAGACCGAAGGUUGCUGAACUUUGCAAUACUUUAAGUCAAUUUGCAUCGGGCAUGCGUGAUAACACUUCAUCUAUUUCGCAAGAAUUCACCGUCGCAUAUGCGCACUCCCGCGGUGCAUCCAAA